UGAGCUUAGCUAAAGCAGAAUCCCAUGCACGGUUCAAGGAAAUUAGCCACAACAUCAGUAAAUACGCAUGGUGGAGGGAGAGGUAGACAGAAUACAGAAUACCGUAAAUAGGAAAGGUAAAUAACGAAACGAAGGGAGGAACCGGAGAAACACCAUAUUUUUCCACCCAAAACAUGCUUUUUUAUUGCCCAUGGCUGCUCUUCAUCUUGAAAUAGCCAACGAAUAGAAAGACCAAUAUUUCGCAAUUUGUUUUGUAUGCAGUGAUCGCACUGAACUGGAUUAUUUUUUCCCUUUGACCGAUUAACAUGACUUAGAUCAUUUAUCUGAACUUUUUGUUGGAAGGUGUUAAAUGAAAAAUAUGAUUACGGUUUACCCCUGCUGACCGCACGAGGAUGUGUUAAGUGCUUGAGCACGGUGUCAUCUGAGACUGCACAGACCGCGCUCGACGUCUGGGCUAUAUUCGAGUGAAAACACUGGGGAAAUAAUAUUAAACACGGAGUAAAAUGACUAUGUCGGUUCCGGAAAGGAAUUCAGGGUCCGAGGGCAAGGAAGAAGAGAGUGAAGAUGAGAGUGAAAUCGUGGAGGAAAGCCCGUGUGGUCGCUGGCAAAAGCGAAAAGAGCAGAUCAGUCAAGGUAAUGUCCCAGGCGUUGAGAGUGCAUCGCUGGCCAUGGACACUGAGGAGGGAGUGGAGGUGGUGUGGAACGAGGUUCUCUUCUGUGACAGGAAGGUGUUCAAGGCACAGGAGGAGAAGAUUAAGGUGAUGUUUGAGAACCUGAUGCAGGUUGAGCACCCAAAUAUUGUCAAGUUCCAUAAGUACUGGCUGGACAUGAAAGAGAGUCGGGCUCGGGUCAUUUUUAUCACUGAGUACAUGUCUUCAGGCAGCCUCAAACAGUUUCUCAAGAAAACCAAGAAAAACCACAAAACCAUGAAUGUCAAGGCGUGGAAACGAUGGUGUACUCAAAUUCUCUCUGCCCUCAGUUACCUGCACUCUUGCGAACCGCCCAUCAUCCAUGGCAACCUGACCUGUGACACCAUCUUCAUCCAACACAAUGGUCUUAUCAAGAUUGGCUCAGUAUGGCACAGGCUGUUUGUGAAUGCUGUUCGUCUCGCCCUCCCAGUGUUUCCGGAGGCCAGCGUUCAUGGUAAAGUCCGUCCCAGUCGUGAAGAGCAAAGGAACCUGCACUUUUUCUCUCCUGAAUAUGGCUCCGCUGAGGAUGACUAUGCAAUCGACAUCUUCUCUUUUGGGAUCUGCGCCCUGGAAAUGGCUGUCCUGGAAAUCCAGGCUAAUGGGGAUGCUGUUGUGUCCAAGGAGGCCAUUACAAACGCCGGCCAAUCACUGGAAGACCCCCUCAUGAGAGAGUUCACCCAGUCGUGUGUGCGUCACGAGCCCAAGCAGAGGCCCACGGCCCAUGACCUGCUGUUUCACCGUGUGCUGUUCGAGGUCCAUUCCCUGAAGCUGCUGGCUGCCCACUGCCUCAUCAGCAACCAAUACCUGCUGCCGGAAAACUGUGUCGAGGAAAAGACCAAGUCCUUUGACCCCAACGGCCUCAUGGCAGAGAUCAGACAUGGUGACCGGCCCGGUGUCCAGCUCAAGUACUCCCAUGUGUCCCCUUUGGAGCUAGACAAGUUCCUGGAGGACGUUAAGAAUGGGAUAUACCCCCUCAUGAACUUUGCCUCGUCACGGCCCCACCCUGUCCCCCGCGCCCUCUCCUUGUCCCAUGAGCAGGUGGAGACGGCAAAGAGCCCCACCCCUGAGCCCCAAGAGACAGAGAGUAGGAAGGUGAUUCAAAUGCACUGUAACUUGGAGUCAAAUGAAGAAGGGACCAAAACUCAUCUCAUUCUAUUUCUUAAAAUGGACGACAAGCUCCAUCGACAAUUGAGCUGUGACAUCUUUCCAACUGACAGCUCCAAAGACCUUGCCAAUGAACUUGUUCACUACGCUUUCAUAAGUGAAGAGGACUGUGAGAAACUGGCAGGGUUCCUCGAGGACGCGCUCACCAGACACAAGGGCAAAGCGCUGUCCUCCGGGACAACACAGUGAGAUGUGUUCUGAAAGCUGGCCUACAGAGAGGGGCCUCGGGCAUUGAUCACCCCAAGAGAGAGGGAGACAUGGGCCGGAGGGCAGGAUCACUCAGCCAAGAUCAGAGGGGUCAGAACCAGUGAGGGUUUGAAGGGAUUGGCCUGAUGACUGGUGAUUUGGACUGGGCCUGAAUAAUGGUGACUGAGUCUGAUGAUUGGUGAUUGGUGGAUUAUCUCAUAAAGGACUAGGAAAGACCAGGACCGAGUGACAAAAAGUAUCUUCACUUGGAGGACCCAGAGGCAUCAUGGCUGUGUUCAGCUAUCCCACAAUGCAGUGGAGGGUUGAUAAGUUCCCCUGCCUAAACGGGCUGGAAUGCCUUAAGUUUUUGUCAUGACUGGUGGCACUAGGUUUUCUGCACUGCCAGCAAAGAAGUUCCCAAAAGUAGAUGCCUGUAGUGCAUUCAAAAUGAACCGCUUAAAUAAAGGUUUCCAUGUUACUUUCCCAGCCUUUAAUUCAUUGUUUAUUAAUCCCAAUUUUACAGUCAAAUUUAGUUGUUUUUGGACAAUAAUCUUUAAAGAGUUUAAUUUUGAUAAAACAAGAUUAAAUUUGAUAAAUUUGAUAAAAGCACUAGUUUUGUAACCCCCACCAAUACCUACUGUAGAAAUGUCUGGUGAGAGCAAUUUUGAUGGGAACAAUGAAAGCCCUUCAACAUACUGGUAAUGCUAAAUAUGGUAACAAGUAGGUUAACUUAUUUAGUGUGUUUGUUUAGUUCUAUGAACAGCAUUUAUCAUUGUGCAGACCUCUAUUUCUAGAGUGUAAUUGUCUUCAAAACACACUCACAGUGUUUUCUAUUAAGGCUUUGCUAGCCAGAAUGACACAUUGGAUUAGUAAUAACUAGUAGUGAGAGUAUGCCCCAUUAGCCUGUAGUGCUCUUAAAGGAAUUUUUAGACCUAAAAUCUUUUUUGGGGUAAAACUACCCUUUUGUUGAAGGCCCAAGGUGUCAUAUAUAUUCUUUACUUCUCUUCCAGCCUGGAGUUAGCAUCAUUAGCUUUGUCCAAAUUUAUGAAUUAAAACCAGGAUAUCUUAACUAGGAAAUGGUGCUUGGCAUACAGAAACAUACUUGAAAGCACUUCAAACUAGGACUGGUGGCAUUGUUUACCUCAAAGAACCUGUCAGUAAUGUUUUCUUUUUUACUAUACACUUAUUAUUUUUAGCUGCCCUGAUACUUCCUCAGGCAAAUGUCAAGCACAUUUAGCAUUUACUAUAUUCUCAGAUGGAUUGGUGACAAUAACAUGAGCAUAUAAUGGGAUUGACAUCUAUAUAACCAUCCGAUUUUACCGGGUCAUAGCAUGACAUAUGCUUAAGUACAAAUGGUAGUGUAAAUUUUGGCCAGUUUUGCUAAGCGCAGUGGGGAGAUUCAUAAUGUUUAUUCAAAGUCACUUGUUUCUGUGAAAUUUCCUGUUUCUCUGGCGAUUCCAAAAUCCUCUUAACUAAAUCUCUACAAAUCUAAAUUCCAAUAAAGAGAUAGUUGUAGCUAACCUAGCUACAACUAUCACUGAGCAGGGGAUGCUGGGGCAAGGGAAUAUUGUGUCAGGUUGAAGUAAAGAAAUUCAAGCAAUGAGUUUGGCAAUAUGCAAUCAAAGAAAUUACUGCUAGUUUUACAGAUUACUAAAGUUAGUUUGCAUAAUUUUUAGGUUAGUUUUCACAUGCAGUGCAGUUUUUCAGGUUUAAAUUCAAAAAUUGGGACACAGCUAAUGAUUCUAUCUCCAUGUUGGGAGAGACUUUUAGAAUGUCUAAUUGUGAAAUAUGACGCCAUGGUCCUUCAUACACCACCACAGGUAAGGGGAAUUUCACCUAAACGUGAUUUUAGGUUAAACUAUCCCUUUUAGGGUUUUCACUGUGAGUGUUUUGAAAGCCAAGUACUUGCAAAGUGCCUGUGAUGGCAACCCACCAUGUACAAAACCCACAAUACAUACAUCCACCGCAACAUAACAAAUUCAGAAGAAAAUAAAAACUACCUACCAGGCCUUCAAAUAUUCAGGCUAUUGGGUUGUUGAUAACAGAAUGCUAUACUUUUAUCAUCCUUUAUUUUGUAAACCAGCUUGUGAAUGUGAAGAGGGACCACAGCUUGAAUCCUACAAAUGGAAUUGUAGCUAAAGAUGUAGAAUAUAAAUAUAGUGAAGUCCACUCCAAUUGCACCAUUUAAAAAAAUUAUAAAUAGGUUAUUAUAGAGUUCAGAACAAAUACAUUUCUGAAUAAUGUUUUGGGAGGAGUAAUCAAUUAUUGGUCUUUUGAGUAAUAACAUCUUUGUUUUUCAACACCAAAAGGCAUAUUCAUAGGUGCUUCUUGAAGCUGAAUUAUGUGUUAAUAAAUGUUAUUUACCCCUAUGUCCACUGAUGUUUAAAUCCUUUGAAGAAAGCAAGACUCAAUAAUGUGAUUUAGUAUUUUGGAUGGUUUUAAAAGGUUGCCACAUUUGGGGGGACAAGAAGAAGAAAUUAAAGUUGUUCCAAUAUCUAUUCUUAAAUAUUUGCAUUUGUUAACAAUAUUACAUUUGUUUCUUAUGCUAUAUGUAAAGCUGUGGUCCCAUUACAAUUGCACUUGUAUAGAUGUUGCAUAAUAUGCUAAUUGCUCUUGAAAUGUAAAGCCUUUAUCAGAAAAUCAAUGUGGUGUAGAUAAAUAUGUCUGUUUUUUGUUCAAAGGUGUUUACCUUGAACAGAAGUGUGAAUGCUCAGAGUGGUGCUACCAUUGUCUAGUCUGCAUUGCAUGUCUUAAUAAAAUCUCCAAAAAGUUAAAUGUGCUUUUCCAAGAUUGCCUUAGUCAUUGACAGAGUUCCAUUCAUUGACUUGACUCCAGGAUGGUCCUGAUCAAAGAGUGUAAUUUUUAGAGUGUGCAAAGCCCUUCAUCCAUCCAUCAGUCUUUUUCUGUAGCAAUCACUUUCUCCUAUGUCUGGAUUCUGUUUAAUAUCCUGCUGUAAAAUAUUGUACUGCAAUGAAUGACAAUAAAACAGUGUGAUGUCAUGUUA